AGUGAAGUUCAAACUGUGUCCAUACAAGUGUCAAGUUUCUUAUCCAUUGUUCCUGAAACAGUUUCAGACAGUAAGUGAACUCUUUCCUCAUAGAACUAGAUUAUUUUAUCCUGUUUUCUUGUUUUCCUUUACAAAAAAUAAGGCGGCUUCGGCAACAUGGCUGCAACGAAUCUAACUAUUGGUAAUCAAAUUAUCGAAGGAAAGACGAAAAUCGUUUAUGAUCUACCUGAACAGAAGGGAAAUGCUCUUAUACUAUCCAAGGAUAGAAUAACAGCUGGAGAUGGUGUGAGAUCCAAUGAUAUGGCUGGUAAAGCUGCAAUUUCAACAUCUACUGCUGUAAAAAUCUUUGAAUUGCUAAAUUCGUCAGGUAUUAAGACUCAUUUUGUCAAAAGACAUAGCGAUACGGCGUUUAUCGCCAAAAAAUGCGCAAUGAUUCCAAUUGAAUUUGUUACUCGUCGAAUUGCUACUGGUUCCUUUCUACGUAGACAUACAGGAGUUAAGGAGGGCUUUAGGUUUAAUCCACCAAAAUUAGAAUAUUUUUUUAAGGAUGAUGAAAAUCAUGAUCCUCAAUGGUCUUCAGAACAAAUUAUUUGUGCCAAAUUUAAAUUUAAUGGAGUUGAAAUAGGAAAAGAUGAAUUAGCUAUCUUAUCCGUAUCUACCGUAACAAUUUUUGAAAUUCUAGAAAAUGCUUGGAAAUCUCUAGAUUGUAGUCUUAUCGAUAUGAAAAUUGAAUUUGGCGUGACUGAAGAAGGAGAGUUAGUCCUUGCCGAUUUGAUUGACAGCGACUCUUGGAGGCUCUGGCCAUCGGGGGAUAAAAGGCUGAUGAAAGAUAAACAAGUUUAUAGAGAUCUUAGAGAUGUUACUCCCGAAGCUCUAAACGAAGUCAAGCGUAAUUUUGAAUGGGUAGCCAAUAAAGUUGAACAAUUGACACCAAAGCCUAAUGCCCGAGUAGUUAUUUUUAUGGGUUCGCCAUCGGACUUAGGGCAUUGCCAAGAGAUAAAAAAAUCUCUUUCAUCUUUUGGAGUCCCAUGCGAAUUGAGAGUGUCGUCGGCCCAUAAAGCAACUUGUCCAACUUUAGAUAUAUUGGGUGAAAUUGAAGGAGAAGGAAUCCCAACGGUCUUUAUUGCCGUUGCCGGUAGAAGUAAUGGAUUAGGGCCGGUUUUAUCCGGAAAUGCGACUUGGCCAGUCAUUAAUUGUCCUCCAAUUAAGCCAGAUUGGGGCCAAGAAGAUAUCUGGAGUUCGCUAAGACUACCUUCAGGUCUAGCUUGUACAACUAUAAUUGGAGCUGAAUCAGCCGCUAUUCACGCAGCACAAAUACUAAGUUUACAUGAUCAUAUGAUUUGGGCUAAAUUGAGAGCAAGAAAAUUACACAACAUUGUUAGUUUGAAUGUAGCUGAUCGAAAGAUUAGAGACGACUAA